CAGAAGUUUAUAAGUUGACUGACUUACUAAAUGGAAACUCACAAAAAUGAAAGAGGAGCUGAGUGAGUUUUUUCUUAAACACUUUUCAUUUUGUUGUAAUUUGUUUCAACUCAGCAACUCUAUCAAUUCAUGAUGGCUACUAUUGUGACAAAACAAACACUUGUUCUCCUCUUGGAAUUACUGGAAAAUAUUGAUUCUCGUGUCUUCUUACUCGUCUUACAGAAUACAAAUGUUGACGUUUCACUCUUGGUAAAUCUGAAGGAAACACUGUCGAGGCUUCUAACUGUAAUUAACGAUGCUGAGGAAGAACAAUUUACCGAUGCUGAUGUAAAAGAAUUGCUGGUUAUGUUGAGAACUGAUGUUUUUAAAGCUGGCAAAUUACUUGGCAAUGUGGGGUACUAUGUGAAUCAAAUCCAAUCUCUUACUUCUAAGGUGCGGAAAGAAUUAGCUUGUCUUUUUCGUCGAAUUUAUUCUUACAAGCAAAACUUAAUUGAAAGAUUAAGUUUUUCUAAUUAUGUUCCCUUUCGAAAUCUUACAAGCUCUGCAGUGGCUGAUGAAUCUUGUAUUUAUGGAAGAGACGAUGACAAAAAGUUACUUAAAGAUAUUUUGCUGUCUAGUGAUUCUGAUAGUAAAAUUAGAGUUAUUUCCAUUGUUGGUAUGGUAGGGAUUGGUAAAACAACCCUUGCUAAACUCCUUUACAACGAUCCCGAAGUAAAGGACAAAUUUGAGUUAAAAGUGUGGGCAUAUAUCUCAAAUGAUUUUGAUGUUUUGACUGUUAUUAAAACCAUUAUUGAAUCUAUCACUUCCCCAACAAUCAGUAGUGAUAACAUGGAUUCUCAACCUCUUGAAUCUUUCAUUGCAAAAAGAAAUGACACUAGUGAUGUGAAAACCAUUGACCAGAAUCUUUUAUUAGUGACAUUGCUGCAAAUUUUAAGUACUAAAAAGUUUCUGUUAGUAUUAGAUGAUGUGUUGGAUGCAAAAUAUGUCGAUUGGAUAUAUAUGAUGGACAUUUUUAAUGUUGGGAAAAUGGGAAGUAGGAUCAUCAUCACAACACGGAAUGAAAGAGUUGCACUAUCCAUGAAAACUUUUCUUUUUGUCCACUAUUUGAGAUCUCUCGAAAAUGAAGAUUGUGAGGCUAUAAUUACCGCACAUUCUCGUGAAGCAUUUAACUACAGAAACUUCAAUAUAGGUACUCUUUUGGCAGAAAAAUAUUAUGGAUCACCAUUAGCUGCAGUCAUACUUGGAAAGGCUUUUCAUUGCAUCAUGUUGCCUCAACAUGAUGAGCAUAGUUUUGGGCUAGAAAGUAACAUUUUGAGAUUGGCAAAUUAUGAGGUGCGCAAUGCUCUAGAAUCGAGCUACCUUCAUCUUUCGGCUCCUUUAAAAGGAUGCUUUGCAUAUUGUUCAAUUUUUCCAAAGAAGUCCAUCUUACAUAAAAAGAUGGUAGUUCAAUUGUGGAUUGCAGAAGGUUUAGUAGAAUUACCCACAAAUCAAGAAAAUUGGCAAAAAGUUGGAGAAGAAUACUUUGAUGUACUAGUGUCAUGGUCGUUGAUUCAACGACGAUCUAUCGAUGAUGAUGAAGCAAACUUUGAAAUGCAUAACCUCAUCCAUGAUUUAGCUACAAAGCUUUCAUCAGUUCUACUUGAAAGAGUACAGAUUUUGUCAUACAAUAGAGGACUAUAUGACCCAUUUAAUAAAUUUGAUAAAUUGGAUGGAUUAAAAGAUCAUAGUACCUUUCUAGCAUUACCAUUACAAGAACCAUCUCCUCUUUGUUUACUAUCGAACAAGGUAGUACAUGACUUGCUGCCAACAAUGAAAGAGUUACGCGUAUUAUCUUUGUCAAACUACAAGAGUAUCAUUGAGGUUCCCAACUCUAUUGGAAAUUUAUUAUACUUGCGGUACUUAAAUCUUUCUCGCACUAAGAUUGAAAGGUUGCCUUCUGAAACAUGCAAACUUCACAAUCUGCAAUUCUUGUUGUUGUCAGGCUGUAAAAGGCUCACUGAAUUGCCAGAGGACAUGGGAAAAUUGGUUAAUCUACGCCACCUUGACGUUAGUGACACUGCUUUGAGGGAGAUGCCCGUACAAAUAGCCAAACUAGAAAAUCUCCAAAUUUUGUCUGACUUUGUUGUUAGCAAAACUAAUGGCGGAUUGAAUGUUGCAGAGCUAGGAAAAUUUCCCCACCUACAUGGAAAACUUUCCAUCUCCCAACUACAAAAUGUUGAUGAUCCCUUUGAAGCUUUUCAAGCUGGUAUGAAGAUGAAAGAACAAAUAGACGAGUUAGCUUUAGAAUGGGAUUCUGGCAGUAGUUGUUCAAAUUCACAAAUUCAAAGUGUUGUAUUUGAACAUUUGCAACCCUCAACAAAUUUGAAAAGUCUCACCAUCAAAGGCUAUGGUGGAAUCAACUUUUCAAAUUGGUUGGGUAAUUUUAUAUUUGGCAACAUGAUGUAUUUAAGGAUCUCAAAUUGUGAUAAUUGUAUAUGGCUUCCACCCGUUGGUCAAUUGGGUAAUUUGAAAGAACUCAUUAUUGAUUCGAUGCUUUCAUUAAAGAGUAUUGGUAAUGAGUUUUAUGGAAGUGAUAGUUCUCCUUCAUUUCAACCAUUUCCCUCGUUAGAGACUCUACACUUUGAGGAUAUGCCUAAUUUGGAGAAGUGGAACAUGAUAGGAGGUACAGCUAUAAAGUUUCCUAGUCUUAAAAGUCUGUUACUAAUUAAGUGUCCAAAACUGAUAGGAAACAUACAUGACAAACUUCCUUCCUUAACUGAACAUGACUUGAGGGAACAUGAUCUGCAAGUGGAGUCAAGACAUUCAUAUGAUAAUGGCAAUAAUAUAACUAUAAUUCCAUUAUCAGAUGUAUUCAGCAAAUUGAUGUUCCAUCUCAAUUCUCUUCAACAGUUGACCAUAGACGGCUUUCCAUCUCUGACGUCUUUUCCAAUAGACGGUCUACCAAAAACUUUAAAAUUUCUUAUAAUCAGUAAUUGUGAGAAUCUAGAGUUUCUUCCUCAUGAUUACUUGUACAAUUACUCAUCUCUCGAGGAAUUGAAAAUAUCUUAUAGCUGUAAUUCAAUGAUAUCAUUUUCGUUGGGUGCUCUCCCAAAGCUCAAGAGUCUGUUUAUCGAGGGCUGUAAAAAUCUAAAAUCGAUAUUAAUUACAGAAGAUGCGUCGCAAAAAAGUCUCUCGUUUCUUAGAAGCAUCAAAAUAUGGGAUUGUAAUGAGUUUGAGUCAUUUCCUCCAGGUGGAUUAGCAACUCCAAACCUUGUUUAUAUUGUAAUCUGGAAAUGUGAGAAGCUUUCUUCACUACCACAAGCAAUGAACACUCUAACUAACCUUCAAGAAAUGGAAAUUGAUAAUCUACCAAAUCUUCAAUCUUUUGUCCUAGAUGAUUUACCUAUCAGUUUACAGGUAUUGACUGUUGGCUCUGUUGGAGGGAUUAUGUGGAAUACGCCAACUUGGAAACAUCUCAAUCGGCUGUCGGUGUUGCGAAUUAAAGGUGGUGAUACGGUGAACAUGUUGAUGGUGCCAUUGCUACCGGCAUCUCUCGUGACACUAUGCAUUUGUGGUCUUAAUGAUACAAGAAUUGAUAGGAAGUGGUUUCAACAUCUCAUUUCUCUCCAAAACCUUGAGAUUAUUAAUGCUCUCAAACUCAAGUCGUUGCCAAAAAAAGGAUUACCUUCCUCUCUCUCAGUACUAAGUAUGACUCGCUGUCCAUUACUGGAAGCAAGUUUGCGGAGGAAGCAAUGGAAAGAGUGGCGUAAGAUUUCACACAUUCCCAACAUAAUUAUCGACGACGAAUUGAUCACAUGAGUUUCCUUCCCGGAUCUACCAAGGGCUUCAAGUGUGAUUUGUGGCUUGCACCAAGAUGGCAGCAAUGGCAUCUCAGAUCUACCCUGGGCUUCAAGUUUGAUUGAUGGGCUUGCACCCAGAUGGCAGCACUGACAUCUCAGUUAAUGCCCCAUUGCCAUUUUAAAGCCAAACUGAAGACUAUGUGCAUGAAGUGAUUGAUAAAACUGUUUGUUGUAUACCUUAGGCUGCAACACUGUUCAAUUUCACAGUGUUAGUCCUUUCUGCAAGUGACUUGUAUUGACGCCUAGAGUUCAUUGCAGGAUUCAGAAAACGAAGUUACAAGUCUUCUCUUUCGCAAAGUUAUGUGUGAUUUUGGCAUGUCUUGUGUUGGAAAGGAGCAUGUCAAAGAUGCUGCCCAAAAGGAAGUGAAAAAAUUGGUUUUAUCAAGUGUUUGUAUUUUCCCAACUGGAGGUAGAUUCGUCCAAUUGUUUUCUCAACAAAUCUGAAUGAUGUCCAAGGAAUAUGCAGGCCUUCAUAGAGAUAUCCUCGACAAUAGCCACGGCACAUUCAUCUUAUAUUUACAAACAUUCAGAAAAGGUGCAUCCAAAUCAUGAAGAGCAGAAGCCAUGAAAGCAAGAACCAUCUUAGAGACACUACAGCAUCAUCUUUUCAUUGAUUUUAAAAAUAUAUUGGUGUUUGAAUUCUUUGCUAUACCUGUAAAGAGGACAUGAGUUUCAUUAGUAAAAUUAAUAUCGUAAUAAAAUCAUUGCUAAGUUGCUCGAAAACAGGAUGAAGAUAUGGCCAGCAUAUAUAUGAGCUUGUUUAUACAGUUCGAUUUUUAUGAGAAAA